AUGUCCGCUGAAGCAAGCUCUGGCAUCAACGGCAAGGCCCCUGUCAACCACAGACCUGAGGGUCUCGUAAACGUCCAGCCACCCCGCCUGUCCGACCUGCAGCCCAAGUAUGCUUCAGUGAUUGAGCAUGAUGAAAGCAACCCUGAGGCGCAUGGGUGGUACGCGUCUUUCAAGCAUUCCAUUGGUGAAUGUAUCGGAGCCCUGGGCAUUAUUCCAUGCUGCCCUUGCCCGAACCCCUUCAGACCCGUUGAUCAAGGCCAUGUCGGUCUGGUGACGCGAUUCGGCCGAUUCGAACGUGCUGUGGACCCCGGUCUUGUCAAGGUUAACCCCCUGAGUGAGCGCCUCAUCACAAUCGACGUCAAGAUCCAGAUUGUCGAGGUACCUCGCCAGGUUUGCAUGACCAAGGACAACGUCACCCUAAACUUAACCUCCGUUAUCUACUACCAAGUCGUCUCUCCUCACAAAUCGGCAUUCGGUAUCUCGAACAUUCGUCAAGCGCUCGUCGAGCGUACCCAGACGACAUUGCGCCAUGUCAUUGGUGCGCGCGUCCUGCAAGAUGUGAUCGAGCGCCGCGAGGAGAUCGCACAGUCGACAUCGGAGAUUAUCGAGGAAGUUGCCGCCGGAUGGGGUGUCAACGUCGAGUCCAUGCUCAUCAAGGACAUCAUCUUCAGCGAUGAUCUCCAGGACUCUCUGUCGAUGGCCGCUCAGUCCAAGCGUAUUGGUGAGAGUAAGGUUAUUGCUGCGCGCGCCGAAGUCGAGUCUGCCAAACUCAUGCGCCAGGCCGCCGACAUUCUGUCUUCUGCUCCGGCUAUGCAAAUCCGCUACCUGGAGGCCAUGCAAGCAAUGGCCAAGACGGCCAACAGCAAGGUCAUCUUCCUUCCUGCACCCAACCAAACUAUCCAGCAGCAACUGGCGACUGCCGAGGGUGCUGGCGAAGGUCCCAGCCGCUACGCGUCUCCCGCUGGACACAACGACGAUGGGUUUCAGCACGCAAUCAACGCACGUGUGGUGGAGGACAUUUGA